GUAGCUUGCAUGCAGCUCAUCAAUGCUCUCGUUACAUCUCCUGAUGACUUGGAUUUUAGGCUUCACAUCAGAAAUGAAUUUAUGCGCAGUGGAUUGAAAGAGAUAUUGCCACAAUUGAAAUGCAUAAAGAAUGAAGCACUAGAUAUUCAGCUGAAAGUGUUCAAUGAGCAUAAGGAAGAAGACAUGAUCGAAUUCUCUCAUCGUUUAGAAGAUAUUAGAUCUGAACUAGAUGAAGUAAAUGACGUCUACAACAUGGUGUGGAAUACAGUUAAGGACACUAACGCUGAAGGAUAUUUUCUUUCUAUUCUCCAACAUCUUCUGCUGAUAAGAAAUGAUUAUUUUAUACGUCCACAGUAUUUCAAAUUAAUUGAAGAGUGUGUGUCCCAGAUAGUGUUGCAUAGAAGUGGAACAGACCCGGAUUUCACGUAUCGUAAAAGAUUAGAUAUAAAUUUCAGCCACUUAGUAGAUAUUUGUGUAGAUAAGGCAAGAUUAGAAGAAUGUGAAGAGAGGGCUUCUGAACUUUCCAGAAAAUUUGAAAAAGAUUUUGUAGUUCAUCAGGAGACCCAGGCCCUACUGCAGAAAAAAGAAGAAAGAAUCAAUGAACUUGAAGCAGAACUGCAAGCUUUUAAAUCACAGUAUGGCUCCUUGCCACCUGGUUUUCUGCCAUCAACACGUGGAGAUGCAUCUGUUGGUCCACUGGAAGCUGCAGGACCAUGUCAACUUCCGCCACCGCCUCCUCCGCCACUGCCUUCUAAUGGAACGAUUCCACCACCGCCACCUCCCCCUCCUCCUCCACCACUUUUGAAUGGCUUGGGAAUUCCUCUGGCUUUUGGUGGUGCUCCUCCACCACCGCCUUUACCAGGCCUACCUGGAGCACAGUGGUCUCCACCUUCAUAUGCUUUGCCAUUUGGAAUGAAGCCUAAAAAGGAAUUCAGACCUGAGGUUACCAUGAAAAGACUCAACUGGUCCAAGAUCAGGCCUCAGGAAAUGACAGAAUCCUGUUUCUGGGUUAAGGCAGAAGAGGACAAGUAUGAGAAUGCUGACUUGCUUUGCAAAUUGGAACUUACGUUUUGUUGUCAGAAAAGGG